GUGGAAGGGAAGUUCAGUCCUACCCUAGUGAACAGUAAUCAUUACGUUAAUCGGUAUUCAGACAGACGGGCUUUUUAUUUCUUCUCAGAAAAUCGACUCCAGUUUCUUGAAACGACUUCAUCUUCAACAUUUUAUUUUGGAUGAGAAUAGUAAUAAAGACAGUAGCAAAUGAAAGCUUCUUCAAGAAGGCUGAUCUUUUUCCAAUUUCUUACUUUGCGUUAUCUAAGAUGGCUUGUAUUUCUUGCUUUGAUUUCCACACUUUGCUUUUCCUAUCAUACAUACAUAAAUAGAAGGAGUAAAACAAGAAAUGAACUAGAAAAUUGCUUCAAAGGUAACAAAUGCAUUGCACUGAAAACAAUAGUGGUCUCAAAAAAUAUCACAGCAGUGACAACCAAAAAAGGACAGACGAAAGUGCCUACCAAACCAAAUUAUUUAGAAAAAGUUCACAUUUUGCCUGAAAAAAUACAGAAAAAAAUGAAAGAAAUAAGAGAACAGAAAGUAUUUGACGUACCACAAACUUCAAUUUCCCCAAAGAAAAGAAAAAUUUUGAUACUUUCAUAUUUUGAUGUUAGUUCUCCUCACAUUGGUGACAUACUAAGUCAACAUCCUGACAUAUUUUACAUCAACAAGCCUCUUCAACCAUUUGACGCUACUACUUUAAAAGACGGCGAAGAACCUAUAUCUAGGCGGAAUAUAGACGAAGCAGUGGAAUACAUGGCAGAUCUGUUUGAUUGCAAAAUAAUAAAUACAAAAUUUGGCUACACAGAUCAGAUGCUACGAAAGUUUAUGAAAAAAGCAUUUGGUACUUGCCAAGAGCAACAAAGCAAUAAUUCUGAAUGUGUUCAAGAACUUUGCAGAACCAAGCGAUUUAUUUUGUCCAAGACUAUUCGAGUUUAUUUACAAGACCUUCAGUUAUUCUUGAUGAAGAACAAGGGUAUAGCUAAAGUAAUCAUACUUCAGCGAGAUCCUAGAGUUAAUCUUCACUUGAGGAGUCGUCUAAAUCGUGGAGGAUGGACUACAGGUUCGGACAUGUUUUUUCUUGGGCGAAGUUUGUGUUCACGAAUGCUGCACGACUUACAAGCGGCGAAACGGUUUGAAGGUAUGGGUCAUCGCGAUUUUUAUCGGAUUGUACUCUACGAGCACUUCUUAAAGGAUCCAGAACAUAUUAUUCAAGACAUUUUAUCUUUCGUAGGAUUAUCAGUUGGAAUGAAUGAUGUAAAACAGUUACUUAGAAAUGUAAAUGCUUAUAAAGAACUCAAAAAAGUUCACUUAAAUAAAUGGGAAUGGAUUCCAGACGAUGAUGCUUGUUUAGGAGUUGAUAAAGCAUGUGCAUUUUUCUAUAAAAAUUCUCUUUAUAAUCCAGUUAAACAAACAUUUGGAUUUGUUCAAAAAUAUAAUCUUUGUAAAUAUUGUGAUUAAAUAUAUCCAAAACAUCUAUGUAAAUUGUUUUAGUAAGCUUAAAGUUUCCAAGUUUGUUUUUAGAUAAAUUAAAUAAAAUAAAUACAGUACGGAAAAGAUCCAAAUUAUUUAAGGCAGACUACAGAGAAAGUUUAAGGAAAAUUAUUCUGCAGAAGUUUCAAUUCUCUACAGCUUUUUCUGCUUUUCUGUUCCAUGUAACUAAUGGUUGAUGGUUAAGAAAUACGUAUGGUUAUUAAAUAAUAUUAAUUGGUGAGAAAAUAUUAAUGAUUAU